AUGGAAACUAAGGAAGAACUGAUUAUGAGUGAUAUUGUGGCACUUGAGAAAAAGGGAACUGAGCUGGUAGAAGCCAACAAUCAGAUGGUGAUGUUAAGGGAGAGGAUGGUGAUGUUAUCCAAAAGAAAUACUGGACCUGCGCUUAUGGAGCCAUCUGAAUCUGCUACCUCCACCAGCUGCAACAGUGUUCUCAGUCUCUCUCUUGAAGAUGACUGCUCCGACGACGUCAUUUUAUCUCUCAAAUUGGGGUGA